AUGGUUGCAUAAUUAAAUUCUUAAAAAUCAUUAGAAAUACAAAGAAAGAAAAUUAAUUAAAAUAAAGAAAAAAAAAUUACUGAUUUUUUUAAAAGAUUGUAGCCUAAUAAAAGUAUAUGGGAUAGUUUGACUCCUUAAUAAAUAGUUAUUUAAGAAAAAUAUCCUGAAAUUAAUAAUGUAGUAGAAAUUUUCCUUAAUGAAGAUGAUAAUUAUUUUAAAAGAGCAAAGAAAGUUAUACUUAUGUUCAGGAAAUUUAAUAAAGAUGCUUAAUUAGAACUUAGACAUUAGAGAACUUCUGAUGUUUUUUUUGAUAUUUUUAAUGAAUAAAAACCUGAUGAUUUAAGUUAAAAAGGUAUGCAAUUUAUAUAUAAAAUGAUUGAAACUUUAUUACCGAAAGCUAAUUAUUCGGAAGAUAAUAAAUAAUCAUUAAAAUUAAUGGAAUUAUGGGCAAAUCCUGAAAUUUUACCUUAAAAAGGAUGGAUUAGAAUUAUUGAAAAUGAAUAAAAUUGA